AUGGAGGAAUUUGAGGUGGUGUUUUGCCCAAAAAAACAUGAUUUUUGGUUACCCCUCUGGCAGGCCUCACCCGGCCCGAAGGGUGUUGAGGAGAUGAGCCCGAUCGGUCCCGAGUCAGAUUCAACCGAAGCAAUGUCAACCUCAUCGUCCUCGAGUUCCAAACCAGGAGCUAAACAGGAGCGAAUCGUCAUCCCUCUGGCCACUGAUGAGAGAUGCUGGUUCAAAUGCAGACAGUCUAAUGCAGGAAGGCUACGUGGAAAGGAGCCGACGUGUUCGCUAUUUUGUUAUUACUCGAAUCAGCUUCCAUCAGUCGUAACAGACCCGACGAGGACCUUACAAAAGGCGAUAGCAUCAGCGUCAUCAGCAUCGAGUACUACGACUACGAAGCGAAAUUCAAGCAGUGACCUGCCCGAUAACAAGGAAGAACCAGAGAACCGAUGGGACCAACUGAUCGAGAAAUACACUUUCAGUCUUCUCGAAGGAAAAUACUUCUAUUUUGCGACCGGUAAACCGGCGAUCACCCGUCAUCUGGCUUCCAUGAGUCGACUAGGCUCCAUCGAACAUGACUGGCUCGUUCAGAAGUUUAAGGAAGAGGACCAAGCCACUCAAGAAAAGUCAAAACCACCUCUUAAACAGUCUACCGAUAAAUCUCACCGUGGGUUGCUGCUAUGGACUUAUCACCAGGACUAUGAAAGUGUGAUCAAUGUGGCACAUUCGAUUGCGAGUAGUCUCGCCAGUAUACAUGCACAUUUCGAGAAGAUCUAUGGGCCGAGUUAUAAGAUUAUAUCUAAGCUACCAGGCUCAAUGAGACAAUUGAUGGACCCGGAGGAGGCCAAAGUGCCGAGCCAAUUCGCGAUGAUCCACCGCCUCUUCACCCAGUCGCCACUUACCACUUCGGCCACCCUGCUCAACCGCUCUUUUGAAAGCUUGUCCGAAGUCCUCGGUAGACUGGCCACCAAGUAUGCCUCUCGCUUCGAUGACAAGAAAGAUAACUCCUCUGGUCGGUUCGGCGGUAAUUCCGGCUCGCCUCCUUCGGCUCCCUCUACAUGA